UAUUGGCGGUGCCUGCCGCUACCCGCGGCUGCUGCGGGCGGGACGCGGCGGUGGCGCAGGGUCCCCGCGGGGUGACAGCGUGACCGGGCCACGGCCUGAGCUCCCCGCCGCUGCUGCCUCCUCGCCGGGAGCGAACACAGCCCCGCCGCUCCUCUCCUCGCUGCCCUUGCUGCCUCGGGGGUCGCCGGAGACCGCAAAAUGGCCGACGGGCGGGACGACGCCGCGAACCAGCUGAAGCAGUGGAAGAACCAGCGGGGCUCGCAGAAACCAGAUGUCCUGACCACAGGCUCUGGGAACCCCAUUGGGGAUAAGCUGAAUAUCCUGACACUGGGGCCACGUGGACCUCUUCUUGUCCAAGAUGUUGUUUUCACUGAUGAGAUGGCUCACUUUGACAGAGAGAGGAUUCCUGAGAGAGUUGUGCAUGCAAAAGGGGCAGGAGCCUUUGGCUAUUUUGAAGUCACUCAUGAUAUCACCCAGUACUGUAAGGCAAAAGUGUUUGAGCACAUUGGGAAAAGGACUCCGCUUGCCAUCCGCUUCUCCACUGUUGCUGGAGAAUCUGGCUCAGCUGACACAGUUCGUGACCCCCGAGGCUUUGCCAUGAAGUUCUACACGGAGGAUGGGAAUUGGGAUCUUGUGGGAAACAACACUCCCAUCUUCUUUAUUCGGGAUGCAAUGUUGUUUCCCUCCUUCAUCCAUAGCCAAAAGAGGAAUCCUCAGACUCAUCUGAAGGAUCCAGACAUGGUGUGGGACUUCUGGAGUCUUCGCCCUGAGUCUUUGCAUCAAGUGUCUUUCCUGUUCAGUGACCGUGGCAUUCCUGAUGGCUAUCGCCACAUGAAUGGAUAUGGAUCACACACCUUCAAACUGGUUAAUGCUGAUGGAAGAGCAGUUUACUGCAAAUUCCAUGCCAAGACUGACCAGGGCAUCAAAAACCUUUCUGUGGAGGAAGCAGGAAGAUUGGCUUCUACUGAUCCUGACUAUGCCAUACGGGACCUUUACAAUGCCAUUGCCAAGGGGAACUUUCCCUCAUGGUCCUUCUACAUUCAGGUUAUGACCUUUGAAGAAGCAGAGAAGUUCCCAUUUAAUCCUUUUGAUCUGACUAAGGUUUGGCCUCAUGGUGACUACCCUCUCAUCCCUGUGGGAAAGCUGGUCUUGAACAGGAAUCCUGUCAACUACUUUGCAGAGGUGGAACAGAUGGCUUAUGACCCUAGCAACAUGCCUCCUGGAAUUGAGCCCAGCCCUGACAAAAUGCUGCAGGGGCGCCUCUUCUCUUAUCCUGACACCCACAGACACCGCCUGGGCCCCAACUAUCUGCAGAUCCCUGUCAACUGUCCCUUCAGAGCCAGGGUGGCCAACUACCAGAGGGAUGGGCCAAUGACUGUUUCUGACAACCAAGGUGGUGCCCCAAAUUAUUAUCCAAACAGCUUCACUGGUCCUGAGGAUCAGCCCCAGCUCAAGGAGAGCCGCAUGUUUGCUUCAGGGGACGUGCAGCGCUUCAACAGUGCCAAUGAGGACAACGUGACCCAGGUGCGAGAAUUCUACCUCAAAGUGCUGAACGAGGAAGAGCGCCAGAGGCUGUGUAAGAACAUUGCAGAACAUCUGAAGGAUGCUCAGCUCUUCAUUCAGAAACGAGCUGUGAAAAACUUCCAUGAUGUUCAUCCUAGUUAUGGAGCCUGUAUCCAGGCUUUGCUGGACAAAUUCAAUGCUGAGGGUGGGAAAAAGGAUGUAAUUAGAACAUACACACAGUCCGGAACUCAUAUGUCUGUCAAGGAAAGAUCCAACCUGUAAAUCUGCAGAGAUCUGCUCUGAGUUUUGCAUCCUUCCAGCUGCACAAGAACCUGUCCAACACUUCAAUGAAUGUAGCAGACUUGUGCCCAAGCACAGGAGUAUUUUACAGGUGUGAUUUACUGAGCUUUCAAGUGCUGUCUGUACUCAAAAUCAGGUAACACAAGCUCCUAUCCUAGUGCCUUUCAACACUAGUGCUUUACUGCUUGAUAAUAACUUAGGGGAUUUUUAAACAACUCAUGGAUAAGAAAUUGCCUUCAUUUCUAGGAGCAAACAGAAAUUUAAUCAAAAUACUGCUUCAUUUUUUUUUUGUUGUAUGACUUUCUUGGCUAAAUCACACAGUAGAAUUUCUAUAAGGGCACUGUGGUUGCCCUCAUGGAGAAACUGCUUAAAAAGUUGCUGCUGUUCAGUAUUUCUAAUAAAAUAAUUACCUGUCUGUAUUUAUGAACACACCUCUUGAAUUUCAUUUUUGGCCUUCCAGAAGUAAAAGGAUACCCAGUACCUUGAGUAAAAUGUUGGUAUGUCUCAUUCCUUAUGAGAGAGACAAAGCUAAUUACAGAGUUUCAUCUAAAUACAGUUCAGUCUUAUUCCCAAUAUAUAUUUUAAGAUAAUCUUUGCUUACUAAUGCUGUGUUGGGAUAUAACUGACAUAAGGGAGGUAGCAAAGGAUAUUUUCUUAUUCCAUGCACUGUUCAGCUAAAUUGAUUACACCUUACAGCCUUUUCAGGGGUAGGAGAAUAAAUUGUUCUUUCUAAUCUGUAAGACUUUAAAU